AUGAGGAUGUUUUUGCACUUGAGUUUGCUCGCUCUUGGAGCUGGCUAUGCCUCUGCCUUUGCCAUAGAAACUCCCAUGCAUAGACUGGUGGCAGAGACACUGACGCUGCUGUCAACUCAUCGAACUCUACUGAUGAGCAAUGGGACUCUGAAGAUUCUCACUCCUGUGCAUAAAAAUCACCAACUAUGCAUUGAAGAAAUCUUCCAGGGAAUAGACGCGCUGAAAAAUCAAACUGUACAAGAUGAUGCUGUAGAAAAACUAUUUAUAAACUUAUCUUUACUCAAGGAAUACAUCGACAUCCAAAAAAAUAAAUGUGGAGGAGAAAGACGGAGAGUAAAGAACUUCCUAGACUACCUGCAAGAGUUUCUUCGCGUAGUAAACACCAACUGGAUAAUAGAAAGCUGA